AUGACCUCAAACAUAUCAGAAUCACUGAACGCCGCAAAUCUAGCAGCAAGGGAGCUGCCAAUUACAACACUGCUAGAAUGCUUGAGAGCAUUGGUACAAAAAUGGACACAUACUAAUAGGAAAAAAGCACACAACAUCUUUACUAAGCUGGCACCACCUGGAGAAGACAUACUGCUGAAAAAUUACACAUACUCAUUGAACCUGGAGGUUAAAGCAACAACAGAUUACUUGUUUGAGGUAACAAGAAUGAAAGAAUCGUCGGAAGUAGACCUCAAAGAAAGAACAUGCACGUGCAACAUGUUCAAAAUAGAUGAAAUGCCCUACGGACACGCCAUGGCUGUGAUGAGGGAGAUGAACAUGGACCCAUAUAACUACUGGACAGUGUACCCAAUAGGAAACCAAAGUGAGUGGGAAGUACCGGAAGAAGUGAAAGACAUUAUAGUCUUGCCUCCGCAUGAAAGGGUUAAAUCUGGAAGAUCAAAAACAUUAAGAAGGAAAGCUGGAUGGGAAAAUGAUCAACACAAAAAGUGCAGCAAAUGUGGGGAGCUGGGGCAUAACAAGAGAACAUGCAGCAGAAGGCGUAGAAGGGAAUAA